AACGAAAAAAUUGUUGUGUAUUUAAAAGCUUUAUUUUUUCCUCAUUUUCUUGCUUCACAUUAAACAAAAAACAAUGUACAAGGAGUUCUCGUUAAACCAAAGAUGAUUACACAUUAACAGCAAAAAUAUAUUUUUUAAUAAGCCAAAAAAAAGUAAUAAUAAGAAAAGGGUCCCCUUUAGAAAAAUUAGAAAAGAUACACAACCACGACGCUUAUUCACGCUCGCUACGUAAAAGGUUGUAUUUCCAUAAUAAGGAAAGGAGCGACAACGCACAAGCAAGCAAUUGUUUGUGUAAAAACAAUUUUCAACCACAACGUAUACACUCUAAAUAAACACAAAUUUGGUUUUAAAUUGCGGAUAUAGACAUUAAUUAAAUAUUCCACGAGUGUUCGCGAGGCAACAAUAACAAUAGCAUCAGCUAAAGCUAUUGUCAACCAUCAAUUAUAACCGAAGAGUGUCAAGCUGAUAUUUUUAGAAUUUCCAAAAAUGGCUAGUAUGCCGGAUCACCGGAAACGCAACACUUUUACAAGCUAUGUGGCUCCGGCACCCGGUGAUGUAUCCGCUAUUGCUUUGGAAGAUGAAUGGUGUUUACCUAGUGACACCCGUGACGUGCAUUUGGCAAAGCCGCGUCUACUAAAUAAAGAGCUAAUUGUUGUCUCAGCUCCUGCUUAUAUGUAUUCUGCUAUUUCCACUAUAGAUAAUAUUUUGGAGAAUGGAACUACUUUUGGCGGCAAGGAGGCGGUUUUCGGUCUACUUACUGUUACUAACUUCAAGUUGGCCUUUGUUCCUUUGCAACGUGAAAAUCCCUUGUGUGGACUAGCCUCCACUUGCUAUCAGGAGCAUUUAUUUUUGCAACGCAAUGAUGUCACUUUAAACAACAUAGAUCAUGUUAUUCAAUGCGCUGAAAGUGGCCGAGCGGUCAAUGUUUUGCCUGGUAAUGCGGGUCGCCGCAAAAAGCGUUUGGACGCCCAACAGAAAGUGUUAAAUCAUCGUAUUGCUGCUUUGCAUGUGGUUUGUAAGAAUUUUCGGCUUUUCAAAUUCGCCUUCCAAUUAACAAAGGGUGGGCGAGAUUGGGGCAAAUUGAUUGCCGCUGCGUUGGCACGUUUUGUUUACCCGAAAUGUCAUGAUUUGAGUUUUGCUUAUCGGUACCAAGAACCCUAUUACCCUACAAUUUCCAAGCCAGGCGUUAGUAUGUAUGCCUCAAAAAAUGAUUGGGCUAGAGAAUUGAUACGAUGUGGUUCUAAUAACUGGCAAGUAAUUAGCUCGGAGACUAUACCAAUUCUACAACAACAACGCCAUUCUUCCAAGUAUACGUUUCCACCGCACUUUGUCAUUCCAAAGGCCUGCACUGUUGAGCGGUUUCUGGAUUUGUCACGUGCUUUUUGUGAUUCGCGAGCAGCUUUUUGGGUUUACGGUUAUGGAAACGCUUCGUUAGUACGCUUAGCUGAAUUAAAACCGACAGCUCAACAAGAUACUACAGUAGAAAAUGUCAUGCUCGAAUUAGUAAGGGCGUGCAAUGAACGGAAAAUGUUGCAUUUGCUGCAAUUAACAGAUCGCCUGCCCAACAUACACGAUGUUCAGAAAGCUUAUCACAAAUUGCGUCGACUAUGUGCUCCUGAAAGUCCUUCAGAGUUCGUGAUGGAAGAUGCAAAAUUUCUCACACUUUUGGAAAAAACAAAUUGGCUUUUUUAUGUUUCGCUAUGCUUGCGUUACUCUUGCGAGGCUGCCGAUACUUUACGUGACGGAACUACUUGCGUGCUGCAGGAAACCAAUGGACGCGAUUUGUGUUGUGUAAUCUCUGCGUUAACGCAAAUAAUAUUAGAUCCUCUUUACCGAACCAUAGAUGGAUUUCAAUCGUUGAUACAAAAGGAAUGGAUAGCCUUGGAGCAUCCCUUUCAACGCCGCUUAGGCCAUAUAAGGCCGGCGGCCGAUUCUAAUGGACCCGAUGAAGAAAGUCCUGUAUUUUUGUUGUUUUUAGAUUGCGUGUGGCAGCUAUUGCAGCAAUAUCCCGACGAAUUUGAAUUCAGUCAAACGUAUCUGGUGACAUUAUGGGACGCGUGUUUUAUGCCUUUGUUCGACACUUUUCAGUUCGAUUGCAACGCUGAUCGAAUGAAGGCGGUGCAAGAUAGUCACUUGGUGUUAAGACCCGUAUGGGAUUGGAGUGAACAAUUUUCAGAAAAGGAUAAAUUCUUCUUUACCAAUCCCUUUUAUCAACGGCAGCGUCAGGAGAUACCUUGUCGACGUUCAAUAGCCAUACCGGCUGGUGCUAUUAUGUUGCCCGGUCUAGCUAAAACUUCAGCCCACCGGGCUACAUUUAAUCCACAUAAUUUUAUCCAACAAUCAUCAAUACCCAAAGAUCGCUAUCUUGAACCUCAACAUCGUAUGUCUGUCUUGGGCAUAUGGGAGCAAUGCUACUAUCGUUGGAUGCCCAUUUUAGAAAUUAAAGGCGGCGGUUUUCCGCAAAUCGAUCUAUUUCAUCGUCUUCUAUUAAGUAACAUUAACAAAUUGCAGAGAUCUCUCGAAUUACAGGAUUUCGAAGAUCUGCCUGACGUUUAUUAUGAAUUGACUCGCGAACCGAAACCCAGCCUGCAAACUCAUACAACGCCUGAACUUAUUGAUGGAGUGGAGAGACGUCGUAAAUCUUUGCCUCCGAAUCCGACGGGUCAAAAACCGCAAACGCCCGAAUGCGCUAUGAAUUUAAUGCCGGAAAUUUCUUCGUUUUUCCCUUUCGGGGUAAACGGUGGCGAAACGCAACAGUUAAACGAUAUCUUAAUCAGUAGCAAUGAAUUUCUGUUGGAAGGCUCCAUAAUGGAUCGUCUAUCGAUAGCUUAAAUCCUAAAACAAGUCGAUUUAGUACAGUAGUAGUAGUAGAAAGCGAGAAAAGAAAGCCUUCAAAGGUUCUGUUAAUAAAACAAUGAAAAUACGAAAAGAAAUGAUUUGAACGCCCUGGUAAGGUUCAUCCAAUUUCAUGAUCAUUUGAUAAUAAUUGAUAAUAACUAAAUUUGUGCUAAUGCUAUAUUUACAGUAUAUUGUUACCUGUUUUUGUUGUUAAUAGUAAACGAGGAAGAGAUAAAAAAAAAAAAAAAGAAAUUCAUCCGGAAAUUGUGUUAGCUCAGUACAAUUUCAAAUUUCAAAAAUGCAGUUUCGAUUUUUUUCCCUUCUAUAAUUUCCCCGGAAAGAAAAGUAAUAAUAUUUUUUGAUAAUAACUAUAUUCUCAAUAUUCAUAUGA